AUGAUGACGUUUGACAGUGCGACCCUCGGCAGUGCAGAGGCGCUACUCCUUCUCUCCAACAACCUCCUUCUGCUUGGCCCGCUCGUCUUCUCGCUCGGUGCCAUGGUCGUGCGCGCGUCGCUCUGUUCCCAAGUCGUCUUGCUCCACUGCGACGCCGACACGCUCUCGAGCAACUUGCUCGUACUCGGUCCGCUCGUCGUCUCGCUCGGCAUGAUGGUCCUCCGCGCGUCCAUUUGCUCCCAAGUCGUCUUGCUCCAGUACUACGACGCCGACAGUAUCGUCUAG